AUGUCUGCAACACGGCUACCUAGCACUCUCCUCGGCACACUGCGGGCCAGCGCCUCGCGCACUUCCGGCCCUAUCCUGCGCCAACGCUGCACAUACCACUCGUACGACUACGCGCAACCGCCGCUCUUUGCGCCCGCCGAAAGCAAGAUCCUCUCCUCGGCAUACGCCCAUGUCCCACACCACGGCUUCACAAUCGACGCGCUGAAGCUCGGCGCCCGCGACGCAGGGUACCUCGACGCAUCGACGAAUCUGUUUCCGCGCGGGGUGUUCGACCUGAUCAACUACCACCUCGUGACGCAGCGCCUCGCACUGCGGGAUAGCGUGCAGUUCGCCAAGGAGAAAGAUGGGAGGAAGCUCGGCGUAGGCUCGAAAGUGCGCGCCCUGACACUCGCACGGCUGCGCGCGAACGAACCAGUGCUGCACCGGUGGCAGGAGGCCCUCGCCAUAAUGGCCCAACCAACCUACGUUCCCCCCUCGUUGUACGAGCUAGCGGCACUCGCAGACGAAAUCUGGUUCCUAGCCGGCGACGGCAGCGUCGACAUGAGCUGGUACACGAAGCGCGCGACGCUAUCAGCCAUCUACUCCGCCACCGAGGUCUUCAUGACGCAGGACACGUCCAAGGGGUUCGCAGAGACGGAGCAGUUUCUUGACGGGCGGCUGCGCGAUCUGCAGACGGUGGGUGGGCUUGUGGGGAAGCUGGGUGAGUGGGUGAAUUACACGGGGCACAGCACUGUCAAUGUGUUGCGGAGCAAGGGAGUUGGGAUAUGA